AUUUUUUUUUAGCUUUCAAAUAAGUUUCGUCGUACCCAGACUCCCAUGUAAUCCCAAAAUCCCAGAAAGGUGAGACUUUCGGACACAGAGAUAUGGCGGGUGAAGAUUCAAUACAAGAGCUAGAACUCUCCUCUCCACCGUGCCUGCACUUUAUUGCCGCCUUCCUCGCUAUGGAACCCCCCGACAUCAUCAUUUCGUUUGCUAGGGAUUGCGGCGGAGGUAAGAUCUUGGAGAGAGUACAACGCUUCAUUUGGGAACACUGCAUCAAUAGAACUGAUACGAAGCCAUUCGCUCCUUACUUGAGAAGUUUUUUGAAGAAGCUUAUUGUAGAAAUUGAAUCGAGUGGUGAAGUUGUUAUUGAUGAGUUAUAUGAGAAGUAUGUGUAUUACAUGUCUCUGAAGGACAAUGAAUCAGUAAAAGGCAAUGCAAGAUUUUCAAAAACCAUUUCUUUUCUUUUCCCUAGAGAGUGUUGGGAUUUGUCAAGUUGUCCAAAAUCUAGGAAGUUGGAAGUUCUGCUGCAUUGCUCGGUCAACAUGCUUGAAGGAGAUACAGGGUGUACAAUUUGGCCAUCAAGUCUUUUCCUUUCAGAGUUCAUACUUUCUUUUCCAGAAGUAUUCACAAAUAAAUCUUGUUUUGAGGUUGGUUCUGGUGUUGGAUUAGUUGGCAUCUGUCUAGCUCAUAUAAAAGCCUCCCAGGUGAUACUUAGUGAUGGUGACUUGUCAACUUUAGCAAAUAUGAGGCUUAAUUUGGAGUCAAACAAGCUUACUACCAGAAAUGAUUUCUUGGAACAUGCAGUAGAUUCUAAUAUGGUGCAAUGCUUGCAUUUGCCCUGGGAAUCUGCAGCUGAAAAUGAGCUUCUGCAGAUCAAGCCAGAUAUAGUUUUGGGUGCAGAUGUAAUUUAUGAUCCAUUGUGUCUACCACAUCUUGUUCGAGUCCUAGCUGUUCUUCUGAACCGGGAAGGUUUAUACGCUGAUGGCAGAAAUGACCGCUCUGAUGUUUGUCCACGCAAUCAGAAAUGUGCCAAGAGCAAUACCUGCUGCGUGUUUGACGGUUCCUUGGGCAAAUCAACAAGAAAUAUUGAUCAUAAUGAUGUGUACAUGCACAAUGGACUCCAGAGAUGGCCCGUUGCUUAUAUUGCUUCUGUGAUUCGCAAUAUUGAUACGUUUAAUUGCUUCCUUGCCUUGGCUGAGGAAGCAAAUUUAUCUGUAUUAGACAUUACUGAAAAGAUGAAGCCAUUCAAUUUGCUUCCUUAUGCAAAGUCAUACCAACAAUCCAGCAUAAGGAUGUUAUGCAUUUCGUAUUUGAGUAAGUGAAGGAUGCUGCUUUAGGUUACUUCUGAAAAUUUUGUCUGUGUUUAUUUCUAAAUGAGAAAGUUGUACUUUUCGUCUCUAA